ACACAAUUCUUCGGUUCCAAAAACCCUAGCGCGAGCCUCCUCUUUCAGUUUCAUUUUCAGAGUAGAGGAGAGAGAGAGAAAAACGCAACUAUGCCGGCUGGUCACGGUUUGCGAGCAAGAACAAGGGAUCUAUUCGCUAGACCCUUCAGGAAGAAGGGUGUUAUCCCAAUCUCAACUUACCUCCGAACUUUCCACAUCGGUCAGUAUGUUGAUAUCAAGGUUAAUGGUGCCAUUCACAAAGGUAUGCCCCACAAAUUCUACCAUGGUCGCACUGGUCGUGUCUGGAACAUCACCAAGCGCGCUAUUGGUGUCGAGGUUAACAAACAGGUGGGCAACAGAAUCAUCGCCAAGAGGCUUCAUGUGCGUAUCGAGCACGUGCAAUCUUCAAGGUGCCAGGAAGACUUCAAGCUGAGGGUAAAGAAGAAUGAUGAGCUUAAAGCCGCUGCCAAGGCUAGAGGUGAAGUGAUCAGCACCAAGAGGCAGCCCAAGGGUCCUAAGCCCGGAUUUUUGGUCGAGGGUGCAACCAUUGAGACUGUUACUCCUAUUCCAUAUGAUGUUACCAAUGACCUUAAGGGUGGUUACUAAAUCUAUCUUUUGUUAUUCAUCUUGUUUUGGUUGUGUUGUUUUGGAAGAUUUUAGAAUGUUGCACAAUCAAUUUUCUCAAAUUUUGAACCUUGAACCUAUAUUUGUUUCUGUUGUUUAGAGAGAUGAAUCAAAUGGUAAUAUCUUUAGAUA